AUGUUCUACUCGGAGCAACUUCUUGCGAAGACCGGGCCUUUGGCUCGCGUCUGGCUCGCGUCCAAUGUUGAGCGCAAACUAUCGAAGUCACAAAUCCUGCAGUCGGACAUCCAAAGCAGUGUUGGCGCUAUUGUCGACCAAGGCCAUGCCCCGAUGGCCUUGCGCCUGAGUGGUCAGCUAAUGUUGGGGGUGGUGCGAAUCUAUGGAAGAAAAGCACGGUAUCUACUGGAUGACUGCAAUGAGGCUCUGAUCAAAAUCCGAAUGACUUUCAAAUCCACCAAUAACCAUGAUCUGCCGCCUAAUGCGACAACGACCAUUGAUCUCAACCUACCGGAGCUGCUCACCAUCGAUGAUCUGUUCUCGAACAUGGACUUCGCAUAUCCUAUGACCCAACAACCGGCUAUCACUGGUGUCGAGUCGCAAGACAUGGACGAAGAUUGGACCAGUUCCCUCAAUCCUCAGCAAAGCAGUACUCAAUCGAUGUUGAUUCCCGGAGACGAACCUUUUUACAACGACGACGACCUGAACCUGGACUUUGGAGAUCGUGAUAUGGGUAUGAAUGAGACAACCGUUAGCAUCAACGUAGGCAGAAAUGCGCCUUCUCCUACCCAUGGUGUCGAGGAAGUCUUUGGUGAAGAGGGCCUGCUCCACGACGACGACGAUCUUCAAAUUGAUCUAGGUGAAGAUAUUCCUAUGAUGGACGAGCCAGAUAUGCCUGCUAGGGAUGACGAGGUUGUCCCUGAGAUAAGCAACGACGAAUCCCUUGCUUUCGGGGACGACGAGACUCUGCAACUACGACAAGCCACGGCUGGUGAAGAGCGUGCUCGCCAAUCAGAGUCGCCCUUGUCAGAAGCUGGUUCGGAUGUGCUGCGCGACCUGGAUCGGACUUUUCAGAAUGUGGACCUGGACGAGGUCGAGGAAGUUGUUGUUCAGCAGCCUCAACGGAGUCGGAAGCAGAAACCACUUGCCCCUGAUGUCGAAACCGUCCUUCACAACAAGCAGAUCAAAGCCCAGGCUGAAGAUCGUACUAAGAUUCUGAAAGCACCGUCUUUCCUCCCCCGAGAUCCGCUUCUUCUUAGCCUCUUGAGCAUGCAGAAGAAUGGCGAUUUUGUUCUCGACGCAAUGAAUGAUGGUCGGUCCAGGGACUGGGCACCAGAACUUCAGGGACUGCUCUCAUUUGAGACGAUCACGAGAUCCGGCCAGCUGAAGCGAAAACGGGAUAGCGGAGUAGGCGGACUUAGCGAAGAUGAGCACAGCGAAAAGUCACCCCGUUUGGAAAGAGGAGACGAUGAAAUGGAAGACGAGGGAGUCCAGAUUGAGGAACCCAGCUUUGGCAUUACAGGUGGGAUAGCAGCUGAUGACAGUGCCCAACCACUCAUGAGCGAAGGCGGUCCCGCACUAGAGGAUAUCGUUCUCGGUGAAGAUGAAGAAGGCAUCUUUGGUGGUGAUGAUACGUUCGAUGACACAACAAUACCUCUUGUCCACCCGGCAGACAGCGGCCCAGUAUCGUUGGGGACCAAACACGCCGUCCACAUCUUGCGAGACCGACUUGGCGAUGCCGAUGGUACACAUCCAUCCUCGCCCGCAAAGAAAUCAGUACUUCUGCAGGAGCUUGUACCCGAAGGCAGGACAACUAAAGAAGAUGCCACAAAGAUGUUCUUUGAAAUCCUUGUUCUAGCCACGAAGGACGCCGUCAAGGUCGAACAAGGGGACAAGGCAAUCGGCCUGCCACUUCGAAUCAGAGCGAAGCGCGGCUUGUGGGGGUCAUGGGCGGAAGCGAGUCCGGGCGAAGAUCCUGCAGCCAUGACGGCUUCACAGCAAGUUGCGGUGGAGUCAUGA